GCCGGACGCAGGGCGGAAGGCGACGUAGUGCCGGGCGCAGGGCGACGUAGGCGGCGGAAGGCUCAGAAUUAAGAUGCUCUGGUUUCAAGGAAAUAGCAUGCAACUUGCCAAAUACUCCUUUCUACUCUUGAGAAAUCUGUCUGCCUCUAAGACUGUUCUGCCUGUAUUGACCUUAUUCACAAAGGAUCCAUGUCCCCUUUGUGAUGAAGCUAAGGAAAUACUGGAGCCUUAUAAAAACAGGUUUAUUUUACAGGAGGUGGACAUCACACUUCCAGAAAACUCUGCUUGGUAUGAAAGGUAUAAAUUUGACAUCCCUGUCUUUCAUUUGAAUGGCCAGUUUCUGAUGAUGCAUCGAGUAAACAUCUCCAAACUUGAAAAACAGCUCCAGAAACUUGAGCAGCAAGAUGCUAGAGGCUGAUGAAUGCCCUCAUGAUUUUCCAGCCUCGCUGUCCAAAAGGCAUCUUCCUGAGGAAAUGACCAUGGCCUCAUACUCCUUUUGUCACUUUCACACAGUCCUAACGAUGUUCUGAACUCAGUGGUGUCAAGUAAAUGUUGACUUUCCUCUCCUGAUUGAUGAAAGUACCAGUGUGGGAACUGUUUACCUGUUGGCAUUUUAUAAAAUAAGAGGAGUGUAUUGGCGGAAAGGGGAUGAUGGAGGGUGGAAGAAAUCUAUUUAUUUUUCUUUUUUUUGUAUUAAUAUGGAAACAUUUCACAUUCAUUGGACAGUGCUGUUUAUAGGAAGAAGGCUCUGCAUCUCUGCUGCUGCCCUAAGGGCUUAACUUUUUAAUGAAAGAAUAAAUGCUCUUCCACUCAGUAGAUAAAGUAAAUGUGAAUUGUUAAUAACUGAGCACAGUCAAUAAAGGGAUGUUUUAACAAAUACA